GUGCAAAAAUUUUUUCACGCAACAACAUGGAGCAAAACAUGAUUACUAACUCAAGCAAUUCAACUAGCACAACACAUAGCAAUAUGCUUACACACAUUGAUCUUUUCAACAUUGAUAAAAACACAAAGGCAUACAUAGAUGCAGCUUGUUAG